AUGGCGAAAGUUGGUCCAGCCACGAUGACCACGGAACCGCUGUUCCGGCAGUUAAUGCCGAAAACACGUCCUUACUAUGCCACACCGUAUGAGGAAACUCUGGCAUACUUGGAAAGACUUGGACGUCGCUCCGCUCAACGUUCAUCGCCCCAAUGCCAAGAAACGCGACUAAGGUCGCUCGAAGCACAGGUGCAAAACCUGCGUGAUCAACUACGUGAGACGUCGUUCGGUUGGGUGAUUCCAAGACCGAGAAUGAACGAUUACGUUACCUCUACAACAGCAGCGAGGUAA